UGCCCGAGAACCGAGCUGGAGCCUCAGCCCUAAACCGCCACUCUGGGGACCCGCCCCGCCCCACUGUCCACGCGCCCCGCAGCUCUGCCUCCGGCCGCCCAGUCCGGCGCCCCGCUGCACUGAGAACCAGCGAGCGGCUCCUCCUGCCCCGAGAGUCCCAGAUGGCUUCCGUGACCGACAGCAAAGCUGGAGUCAAAGAUGCUUCUGACCAGAAUUUUGACUACAUGUUCAAGCUGCUCAUCAUCGGCAACAGCAGUGUUGGCAAGACCUCCUUCCUUUUCCGCUAUGCGGAUGACACCUUCACCCCGGCCUUUGUCAGCACCGUGGGCAUCGACUUCAAGGUGAAGACCGUCUACCGCCACGAGAAACGAGUGAAGCUGCAGAUCUGGGACACAGCCGGUCAGGAGCGGUACAGGACCAUCACCACAGCCUAUUACCGUGGAGCCAUGGGCUUUAUUCUGAUGUAUGACAUCACCAACGAAGAGUCCUUCAAUGCUGUCCAGGACUGGGCUACUCAGAUCAAGACCUACUCCUGGGACAACGCGCAGGUUAUCCUGGUGGGGAACAAGUGUGACAUGGAGGAAGAAAGGGUGAUUCCCACUGAGAAGGGCCGGCUCCUUGCUGAGCAGCUUGGGUUUGACUUCUUUGAAGCCAGCGCCAAGGAGAACAUCAGCGUCAGGCAGGCCUUUGAGCGCCUGGUGGAUGCCAUUUGUGACAAGAUGUCUGAUUCCCUGGACACAGACCCUUCCGUGCUGGGCGCCUCCAAGAACACUCGCCUCUCAGACACCCCCCCACUGCUGCAGCAGAACUGCUCAUGCUAGACAAGGCCCAUCCUCCUGAUCACUCCUCAUCUUCAUUGUCCCAUCAACCCAGUCCAUGUUCCCCUGUUACAUUCUGUCUGCCCCAGUCCUGAGCAAGCUGAGCUGUUGCUGUUCUUUGCCUGCAGCUGAGGGUAGCUAAAUGUCCUCAGACCCUCUGCAGAUGGGCCCCACUUAGACACUCAGCGCUGGACCAAAAGUGCAGGCCACAGCAGUGGAAACAAACUUAGUGAAGACUUCAUUUUUCAAAGGGGGUUCACUACAGGGACUUGGAAUGAGAAUCUCUCCUGCCUUUAGAAUAAAAUUUCUGGGGUUGGACAGAUAGUACAGUGGGUAGGGAAUUUUUUGUUGCACACAGCUGACCUAGGUUUGAUCCUCAGCAUUCCAUAAGAUUCCCUGAGCACCUCCAGGAGUAAUUCCUAAAUGCAGAGCCAGGAGUAAGACCUGAUACCAAAACACACACACACAAUAAUAAAAUAAAAAUGAAAUAAGACUUCAUUCAUUAAACAAGUAUCCCACACAUACACACACAGACAGGAACUUGUCAACUAUGUAAAGUGAGACCUAUUCUCAUAGCUAAUCCUAUUAAACUCUCAAGUCCAACAUGCUUGUUUCAUACCAAACUCCUUGUGGGUUUUCUGCUCACCACAAGUCAAGCUUUGGUUCUCAGAGGGCUGAGCCUGUUACCACGGAUGCUCACAGGACCUGGGCAGUUGCUGUGGUGACAGGUCUGAGCUAAUCUCUGGAGAGCUCAGACUCUAAUGAUGCUGAAGGAGCAAAGGCUGAGUCAGAAACACACUUAACAGAAAAAGAUUAUCCCCUGCAAAAUGUCAAAGGUUCCUGCUAUCAGAACAAGCAAGGUAGUGAGCUCAAAGAGACAAGGUAGAGAGGACAAGCAUUUUUGAUGUGAAUAGUUUCCAGCUGGUUCCUAACUACAGGAGAUCUGAAAUUGGCUCCUAGAAUUUGGAAAUGCUGAGAGUUGGUGGAAUCCUAAAUUUUACCAAAUUUUACAGCGUCUAAUCAAUUCUGAUUCACACCUCACAACCAGAGCUCUUUCUUCAGAAGCAUACCAUUGUCCAUACCAGAAUUGGGCUGUGCUCCUAAUCAGAAAGUUGUUUUUUUGUUUUUGUUUUUGUUUUUUUUUUUUGUUUUUUUUUGUUUGUUUUUUGCUUUGAGUGGAAAACUGCCUCCUGGAAAUAUGUUUUCUUCUCUCCACAUUUGGGCUAGCUCUGAGAUACCUGUGUUCUUGAUUCCUCCUGCCUUGAACACCCCUAGUUGACUUGAGAAUAGAAACCUGGGCUCUGCUCUUUCUCUAAGUCAGACAGCUCUGAUUCCAUCAGCCUCUCUUCAUAGUGCCAUCUUACAUCCUGUCCUUGCCUCCAACCCAGCUUUCACUCACUUUUGAAAAGUGCAACCUGGGAAAUAUGAUUCUAAAAAUAAGAAAUAUCAGGAG